AUGCGGCGCUGGGCCUGGGCCGUGGUCGCGGUCCUCCUCGGGCCGCAGCUCGCGCUCCUCGGGGGCCUCGGGGCCCGGACGGAGGCACAGAGGACGCAGCAGCCUGGCCGGCGCGCGGAUCCCCCCAACGCCACCGCUAGCGCGUCCUCCCGCGAGGGGCUGCCCAAGGCCCCCAAGCCAUCCCAGGCCUCAGGACCUGAGUUCUCCGACGCCCACAUGACAUGGCUGAACUUUGUGCGGCGGCCGGAUGACAGCGCCUUGAGGAAGCGGUGCGGAAGCAGGGACAAGAAGCAGCGGGACCUCUUGGGUCCCCCAGGACCUCCUGGGCCCCCUGGCCCCCCAGGACCUCCAGGUGCAGAAGUUACCCCAGAGACUCUGCUUCUCGAGUUUCAGGAGCUGCUGAAAGAGGCCACGGAGCACCGGUUCUCAGGGCUCCUGGACCCACUGCUGCCCCAGGGGGUGGGCCUGCAGCUGGUAGGGGAGGCCUUUCACUGCCGGCUGCAGGGCCCCCGCCGGGUGGACAAGCGGACACUGGUGGAGCUGCAUGGUUUCCAGGCUCCUGCUGCCCAAGGCGCCUUCCUGCGAGGCUCCGGUCUGAGCCUGGCCUCAGGUCGGUUCACGGCCCCCGCAUCCGGCAUCUUCCAGUUCUCUGCCAGUCUGCACGUGGACCACAGUGAGCUGCAGGGCAAGGCCCGGCUGCGGGCCCGGGACGUGGUGCGUGUUCUCAUCUGCAUUGAGUCCUUGUGCCAGCGCCACAUGUCCCUGGAGGCCAUCUCAGGCCUGGAGAGCAACAGCAGGGUCUUCACGGCACAGGUGCAGGGGCUGCUGCAGCUGCAGGCUGGACAGUACGCUUCUGUGUUUGUGGACAAUGGCUCUGGGGCUGUCCUCACCAUCCAGGCGGGCUCCAGCUUUUCCGGGCUGCUCCUGGGCAUGUGAGGGCGCCGAGGGGGGCUGGGCCAGGAGCUG